AAGCGCAGUGUUGGGCUCGGCUGCGUCGCGCGCUGAAAUUCAAAUCUGAAGGGCUGUUUGUCCCGCGACUGACUCAGCUGAGGAGGGAGCGCGAGCGCCGUUGGCGGUGCCUGCAGACAUGGACCCUUUCACUGAGAAACUUCUCGAGCGAACUCGUGCCAGGAGAGAAAAUUUACAGAAGAAAAUGGCUGAGCGGCCCGUAGGAGGAAUGAGACCUACAAUGCAAACAAAAAGAUUCAGAGAACCUUUGUCAGAAACUGGUAACCAGCCACUUCAGCCUAGUGAAGAAGCAAAGCCAAGCACCAAACCUUCACCAUCCAAAAGACGCUGCUCAGAUAAGAUGGAGGCUGCAACUCCUAGUUCUGAUAAUACACAUCCCGUUAACUCAUCUUCUGUAAACCAAGUUUUUCCUGAAAUUGUUCCUACUUCUCAGUCUGUUGGUUUGUCAUCUGAGAAAGAAGAGCAGGACCAUAAAACUGAAUUGAUGUCUGGUUCAUCGAUUAAAACGCGUAUGCAGAAGCUAGCUGACCAGCGACGUUGUUGGGAUAGCGGUUUAUCCGAAAGUCCUUGCGUGCUUCCCAUCCAAUCAAAAGAAUGUGUUCUUUCUCCGCCCAAACCACCCCUUACAUCUGAGACCCCAAUAGGAAGAAGAGGCCGUUUAGCUAACCUUGCUGCUACAAUUGGUUCCUGGGAAAAUGACCUAAGUCAUCCAUCUGCAAAGCAAAACAACACACAAGAACAGCCUGGUACUACUUGUUUAUCCAAACUGUCUACUACAAGUGGAGCAUCUGCUAGAAUCAAUGGUGGCAGUGUGAAGCAGGAUGCUGCAUCCUGUUCCCAAAGGGCUGUUGAGUCAUCUGUGAACAAGUCAGCAAUCUCUGGGAUAUUGGGAAGUGCUAAUUCCAAAACCACCUUGGGAGGCAGUAACCAUCAUGCUAAAAAUACCGAGGUACCAAACUUUAACCUUCCACAAGAAAAGCCUGUUCUUAAAUCCUCUUUGAAACUGGUAUCAUCACACCCACUUCCCGCCAAAGAGGAGCCAAACAAAGGAGCCCAUGCCCAAAUUGACUACAAGGAUAAGCCAAACACACCAGGAGGACCAGGCAUUAAGCCUUUUCUGGAGCGUUUUGGAGAGCGUUGCCAGGAACAUAGCGCACGUAGUCCUGCUGUAAGUGGAGGACACAGAACUCCUAUUAUUACUCCAAAUACAAAGACAAUCCAAGAAAGGCUCUUGAGACAGAAUGAAGCACCCUCAACUGUCAAUCUAGCACAGCAGCUCAAGCAGGAACGUGAAAAAGAGCUUGCCUCCAUUAGAGGCCGCUUUGACAGAGGCAGACUGUGGAAUGCCGACAAAGGAGCCAGCAAAGGUCCAGUGAUAAAACAGGAAAGCCACAUUCAAACUAGCCCAAAACAACCCGUUGAUUCAGAUGUUUCCUCCCAUUUACCUGAAGAAAACUCUGCAACACUUGAGAGAGUAGAAGAAGCCAAAUCUUCAGGCACUUCAGAGGAGAACAAGACAGAAGAACUCACUUUAGAGGAAAACAAGACAGAAGAACGAAGUCCUCUAAAAAAAUUUUCACCAAAGACUCCUGUAAAAACAAUGUCUACUUCAAGGCUGCAACAACUUCUUGACAAACAAAAUGAACAAGUGCAAGGGACCGAGGAAAGAGUGAAUGAUGAGGAUGAUGAGGUGAAUUGUUCAAAAGUGAUCAGCAAUAUCUUCGAUGAAGUUCUUCAGGAUGAUGGGCCUGACAUAGAGAAACUUAAAAAGGAGAUGAUUAUGACCUUAGAAACUGGCAGUGAUUAUGAACAGGAAGAGACACUGAAUAUUUCAUCCAUGUCCCUUCUCACACCUUUAACGGAAUCUGUUGCUGUUGUAAGUCCAGAGGCUUUUGCUUCCCCUAGUAAAUCAGUUGGUGAGGAGAGCACUGCAAGUGACGACACUCCGAAGUCCAGCAAGUUUCAGAGAACAUCUGUCUGUAGGACGGAGUCUGGAAGCAGCUUUGGAUCCCUGCCAGAUGAUCACAGUCUUCUGUAUAGUAUUGAUGCCUAUCGGUCUCAGCGAUUUAAAGACAAGGAUCAUCCUUCAAUAAAGCAAGUCAUCAUUCGUAAAGAAGAUGUUUCCUGCAGGCUUGAGGAGAAAAGGAAUGUUACUUCUGGUCAAACUAACAUUAAACGAAAACUACAGGAGCUGAAUAAUGAAAUCAACCUGCAGCAGACUGUGAUACACCAAGCAAGCCAGGCUCUGAACUGCUGCACAGAUGAAGAGCACGGGAAAGGAUCGCAAGAAGAAGCAGAGGCUGAGAGAUUACUUCUCAUUGCCACUGAAAAAAGAACAGUGCUGUUGGAAGAGCUGAACAAACUGAAAAAUGAAGGGCAUCAAAGCAAGAACAACAAAGCUGCAUCUGGGCUCUCUCCAUCCAGGGGAUCUGUUACUCUGUCAGAAAUGCGUCUGCCUCUAAAAGCUGACUUUGUAUGUGGUACUGCCCAGAAACCAGAAACAGCAACCUACUACUACAUAAUCAUUUUGAGAUCAGGAACAGAAAACAUGGUUGCAACUCCACUUGCAAGUAUUGCAAACUCCCUGAAUGGAGAUGCUCUGACUUUUUCAACAACGUUUACUUUGCAGGAUGUGUCAAGUGACUUUGAGAUAAACAUUGAAGUGUAUAGCUUGGUACAGAGGAAAGAAACUGCAGGCACUGAGAAAAAGAAAAAGUCAGCCAAGUCUAAGGUCAUUACUCCAAAACGAUUACUGACAUCUAUUACUACUAAGAGUAAUCUUUAUGCUCCAGCCAUGGCCAGUCCGGGUGGGCCCAAUGCCGUGCGCACGAGCAACUUUGUUCUUGUUGGCUCUCAUAAAAUUUCACUGUCCUCCGUUGGAAGUACCAGAUUUCUUUUGGACAAGAUAAAUUAUGGAGUUAAGGAAAGAAACCUACUUGGUUCUGUGUUCCAGGAUAAGGUUCCAUUUUUGUCUCCCCUGGAAGGCCACAUAUACCUGAAGAUUAAGUGUCAAAUAGAUUCAUGUGUGGAAGAGAGAGGGUUUUUGACUAUGUUUGAAGAUGUUAGUGGGUUUGGAGCUUGGCAUCGGCGUUGGUGUGUGCUCUCUGGUAAUUGCAUCUCUUACUGGACUUACCCAGAUGAUGAAAAGCGGAAGCAUCCAAUGGGAUCGUUAAACCUGGCAAACUGUACUAAUCGCCAGAUUGAGCCCGUUAACAGAGAGUUUUGUGCUCGCCCUAACACUUUUGAACUCUUCACUGUCCGGCCACAAAGGGAAGACGAUAAGGAAACGCUUGUUAGCCAAUGCAGAGACACCCUCUGUGUUACCAAGAACUGGUUGUCUGCUGAUACUAAGGCUGAGCGUAAUCUGUGGAUGCAGAAACUAAAUCAAGCUCUUGUGGAUCUUCGCAUGUGGCAGCCUGAUGCUUGCUAUGUCCCUAUUGGGAAUCCUUGAAUUGUGGGGAACCUCCCUCAGAAAGCUUGCUUAUGAAUCCAAAGGCAGACCCUGUCACUACUUGAUGGAGACAUUUGUAUCAGGUGUUUUGGAUUCUACAUUAUACUUCAUGCUUUAAAAUUUGGAGGUGGGUGUGCUCUAUUGCACUCUGUGCUGUUUAGAGGUUUAACUCUUUUCUAGUAUUGGAAAACAGAAGCUGGUUAAGUUCUUCCUGACUAUGCUAAAUAUUUAUAAUACCUUGAGAUCUACAGUUCAGUACCUUAUUAAAGUCAGUUUCUAUUAACUAAACAGGGCUUGGUUUGUUUCAAGAGCUGAAGAAAGUUAACAAAGGGGAAAAAAACAGCUUUAUCAUACACAGGGUUUUCCCUAUUGGGAUACUUCUAGGCUCUCUGGUUUAGUGGGGAGCUGUAACUGAAGCAGGAACUUCAAUGCAUUAUGUAAUAAAUGUGUCUUAAACUAAUGGGGGAUUUUAAAAAAGAAACCCCUUCUGGUAAUUAACAUACUUGGCACUUGUAAAAAGUGUCUGUCUAGGAUAUGAACAAGGUGGAAUAGUCAUAGAUCCCGAGAGGCAAAAUAGAAAUGAAUUAGUGCAUGAUAUUGCACAUAAUGUGGUUUAUAGGUGUGUUCAAUUACGCAAGAUGUUGCACAUUUUUCUAGAAAACAACCAUACUGAAUAUAUUUUCUUAUAGCUGCUCUUUUUAAAAACAAAACAAAGUUCUUCUCACUGUUCUUUCCCUAGCCAUAUUCAACUUGCAUUGUUUGGUAUGAGCAAAUUAAAACCUCCGCUGACCUUUCAGCACUAGGAAGCCCCAUGAAUAUCAUGUAGACAGUAGAGCUUACUUUGUUCCUCAGGGUCCAUAGGUUUUUAUAACUGAUAUGUCUGUCAGUGCAGGUAAAUUUGGCCAUGGGAUGCAGUGGUCACAAUUCUCAGUUAAGCAUCAGAUCUGCAGCAUUCACUCAUGCUUUCUACUUGGGUACCAUGACAUGCUAUGUUGCUGCUGUGUGUGUUAAAAUAGCAUCAGAGCACUUCUUCUAAACUGUUGCUUUAUAUACAUAGACACUAACACUUUAACUUCCCCUUUUUGUAUGCCAAUUGCCUUUUUUCCUAAUGUUUAUAAACUUCACAUAAAUAAAUGUUUAAAUGUAUCAAA